GAUUGGCUGGCAGCGCCUCUUGUCUUUUUGAUAAAGGGAUUCUUACUCGGGGCGAAGAAGGCAGACAUGGAGGAGCUGAGCGCGGUGGGGGAGCAGGUUUUUGAUGCGGAAUGCAUUUUAAAUAAACGACUGAAAAAGGGGAAGUUGGAGUUUCUGGUGAAGUGGAGAGGAUGGUCAUCCAAACACAACAGCUGGGAGCCCCAAGAAAACAUCCUGGACCCGAGACUGUUGGCAGCAUUCAACAAGAAAGAGCAAGAAAAGGAGCUUCUGAUUCGCAAGAAAGGGAAAAGACCAAGAGGAAGGCCACGGAAAAUAGUAGAAAAUGUGCCUGAGGAUACAAAGCCAAGCAGCUCUUCAUCUGCCUCCUCCUCCUCCUCGGACUCCUCAUCCUCCUGCUCGUCCUCAGACUCCUCCUCGGACGACGACGACGACGACAGCAGCAAUGUGAAACAGGCCAACCCGACCGGCAGAACACGAGACCUCCACCCCGUCCCUCAGAAGAAGGCGCAGAUUGUGGUGGCGAAACAGGAGCCGCCCAAAAAACGAAGCAAGAAACCGGACGUGAAGGAAUUCCAACAGAGCAAGGGCGCGCGCAAAACCCUGAAGGGGUCUAAAGAUUCUGAUCUUCCAGGAGUGAUAAAGAAGCCCGUUCACCCGGCGAGCUUCACCUUCAUGGGGUUCCAUCGGGGCUCGCCUCGGGAUACAGCGGCUGGUCAGAACAGGGGCUCUCUGACCCAGGGAGGGGCGGUUAAAAGCUCGCAGAGUUCUGUGGUUUCCGGGAGGUCAGUCCAACCCGCCGCCUCCCCCUCCAUGAACAAAUCAAGCCAGAGCAGGAAUGUCAGCGAGGGUAAACUGUCUGUCUCUGGUGUGAACAGCGGGACGAGUCUGGAUUUGAAAGCAGCUGCGAGUAAAUCAAAAGGGGUAGCAGCUUUGAAUUUAAAUACUUCCAAACACCCCAUUCAAGGCACCACUCAGCACACUCUAAGUUCCCCCAAUGGACAAAAGAAACCGCAGACCCCUGUGUCAACACUGCAGCGGAUACCCAAUACUAAAGCUAUGGCGUCCAUACCAUCCAAGACCGCCUAUUCCAGUCAAGGUUCUGGUCUUCAGCCUCUCAACCUUCAGAACAAGCUUGUGCAAAGGAACAAUGCUCCUGGGAAUGGAACUACUCCAGGAUCAGGUCUGAGAAAUGCUACAAAUCCAGCAAGAAAGACUACCGUAGCGCAAAAUCAGGAGUAUAAUCUUCCUAAAAGUCCGGCGACGCCUGGGCGAUUACCCACCAGGAAGAACCAGCCCGGAGCGGACAAAGUCACAGAGACGACUGAAAUCCAAGGCAAGCUGGAGAAGAGCGGCCUGCAGAAAUCCACCACGGAGAUCCAGAGCCAGCGGGAGAGAUCGGCCUCCAAAGACGGCAAGAACGCCAAAAUGAACGACAUGAGCACGGGCGAGGACGAGAGCAGCUCGGACUCGGACCAGGAUUCUUCCUACACCGGGCAGGAUCGCGCAGGGGCGAUCCAGAACCAGGACUGGAAGCCGACAAGGAGUCUGAUUGAACACGUGUUUGUCACGGAUGUCACCGCUAAUCUGGUUACCGUCACAGUCAAGGAGUCGCCCACCAGCGUGGGAUUCUUCAGCAUUCGUAAUUACUGAAACUGCAAACCAGAUGGGCUUUGAAGCGUACAGAGUGGUGUUUUUUUUUUUUUUUAGAUAAACCUUCUGCUGGAAAAUUCCCGAGGAAUGCGUCAAGGAAUGGAAGUUAAUUUUGCUCUUGGACUCGUUUCAGUCAAAUAGCUAUUUGAAGGUUAAGAGAAUGGGCUGGACAUCCGUGAUUGUGUUAAUUUAUUUGCCCGUUUCUGCAUACUUUUACCCCCAAAGUGGCUGUAGAAGAAGGACACUACCCAUCUGCAUUUGGGUCCUACCUGCUCGCCUCAAAAGAGACAAUUCUUUGUGGUUUCAGCGGGUCCAACAUUUGUUUCGUCACUGGCAUCCUGGAGAAUCGUAAAUGAUUCUUCAUAUUAAACAUUUUUAUAGUAUAAACUAGCAUUCAUACAUUCCUUCCGGUUCAUCUAUUGUGUUUUAUUGUUGAAAGGUGAUCUAAUGAAGAAAAUAUGGAAGGACUGGUUUAGUGUGUUUUUAAAUCGGUAGAAAACAUUUAGCUCACAAUGCGUCAAUGUUUUUAAUCCAAAUCACUCGAUAGCUAAUGUAGACCAGUUUUUUUUUAUUCUUGGUAUAGUAUUGUUUAUUGAUAAGUUAGCUACCUCUUUUUCCUACGUCUGCUGCAUAUUCAUUUCUCGUGGGAUUGGGAAACCUCUCCCUCCAGGGUAUAUAUCACUGUGUCCUUUAUAGUAUUUUUUAUAUAGCUCGAAAUGUAUUGGACUUCCGUUUCUUGUUUAAUUACCAGCGACCAACUCGAUCGGCAGCCAGGCAACGGAUUCUUUAGUGUCAUGAAAAAACUCAAUUAAAAGAGACUGAUUGAUUCUAACUGAUGAGUACCCUACUCAACAUAUCAACAGAACAAUUGGAUUGCAAAGUUCAGCACGUUUGGACAGGACCCGAUAUCGCUUGGGUUUUUCCAUCAUGAGGAUAAGACUCCUGUCCUUGCAUCACUUUGACCUCCAGGGUUUUCACCAGCAACGUUUCUCUUCUCAGACGAUAUACCUGUUGAUGCCUCGCCGUCAAAGCGUCCCAUCAGCCUUUGCGUUGGCUUCAGGCAUCUGCUUUGAAGUCAUUGUGGGGAAAGGGUUGGGCGUGGACAAAGCCCUGACAAUAAAACGUUGGGCAUUGUUUGUAACUGACCACAAGACUCCAGAUGUCACUCUGUAUGCUGCUUGGGCGUAUCAAAACAAAAUGCCAUGUUUGUUUUUUUUGUGCUUGCAGCAGCUGCAGAUGUCUCAUUUCACCACCAACCACCCACCCACCCACCCACCUGCCUGCCUGCAUGGGUACAAGAGCUGCAGGCCUGGCCCUCCCAGAUAAAGAGAGAAAAAAAAUGUUUUUUUUAUCUGAUGUGACGGAAAAGAAACCGCAACAAUGUGCGCUACUUUCGGCUCCCACGAGAGGAGUUCAGCAACCAAGCACUUCGUACUGAACUCUUCUGUCUGCCCCUGUGCCUUUCUUCUUCUCAGAGACUAAACACACAAAAAAAGGCAUUACCCCAAAGAUAGCUAGAAUUUCAGGUCGUUCAAUGGGAGAGCCCCCCCCCCCCCCCAGAGUAAAGCACGGAGACGGACCAUCUUUAUUUUCUUAGCCGGGUUGCUGUGACCCGGGAAAAAAAAAAAAAGUCUCGUCGGUAGACUAAACAGGAAUGCAAAGGGCCGGACAAACACCUGAUGCCUUAUGGAAACAAUGCGCCUUACAAAAAGUUCUCAAGGUAGUUCCCAUUUCGCACUGGCCAAAAACAACAGAAGUGCUUUCUCAUCUUAAAUGAGCUGCAGAUAAAACUGCACAGGAUUUGGAUGUUUCUCUUCCAAAUGACAUCAGAGGUGAUCAUCGCCAUGGGUUACGGCAUUAGACUAUGGUUUUUAUUGAUUCUACUUUUCUUAACUGACGGGGGGGUGAAAAAAUGACCUUGGCCUAAAUGUGUUUCCCAGUUUUGUUUUAGAUCUACUAACCAUCUCAAGAGAACGUUUUCCCUCUUUACAAUCUAUUUAUUACACAUCAUGAGCCCUCCUCCAGGGUAAGACGGUGUCAUCAGUCCUUGUAUUGGGCCACAUGUCGAAAUCGACUAAUAAAUGGUACAACCUUU